UCCCACUCUUCAUUCAUAGUCUUGCACUCACUCUUGAGUCAUGGCCCUAAUUUGAGAUUUAACAUCACACGAGACCUAGCACAUGUGCAACUGCGACCAGGCUGUCCGCCUACCAUGCUUCAGGAGCUUGCGGUACAACCGCCAGUCUCUCACAUGAUCAUUACUAUUCCUGAGCUUCCCGCUUGGACGAUAGAGGUUGUGAACCCUCGGGGUGUCACUGUGAACGAUGUUCUUGCCAUGAUACGUGAAAUGCUCAACCGGAGUGUUGCUUCGCACGAGAUGCAAAGAUCUUCCCGUGUGGCCAAUGCUGCUGUUGAUUCUUUCAGGGCCAGGUCACGCGCUGACCCGCAGGAACAUGCGCAGGGCGUGAAACGCGUUGACUUUUUGGGCCCUAAAGUUUUCUUCUCCGGCCUUGCUAGAGCUCGAGAUGGAUCAGACAGCUGGGAAAUUCACUUCGCCCAGAACGUUUGA